AUGCAUUUCCUUACAAUGGCAAAAUGCCCGCUUCCAACAACCCAGCCGCCACCAAUCACCAACUCUGCAUCCUACCCUCCACCGCAAAGAGGACCACAACAGGUCAGCGAGGCGCCGCUGGUUAUCUGCGUGCCUUGCGUCGCCAUCUACGCAUCAUGGAAUUCGCCAAUGCCGGUGGUGGGUGCCAUAGGCGAGGCCGGGAUGCUCUACCGUAAUCUCCAACUACCGCCAUCACUCGCCGUCCUACGGAGCGGCGUUGAUCACGGAAUCCGGCCGGCGUUCUCAAAAGGAUACGCUCCUCUGUGUGGCUGCAGCCAUUUCUCCUAG